AUUAGCUGAAUGACUAAAUAAAACAAAAAUAUCUUUACUUUCAUAAAUAAAGGAGUUUAUAUUAGAAAGGUUAGCCUAUACCUUAGGCCUGUAUGCAAUUUAACAUUUCUAGUUUCUCUUCGUUUAUAUGUGAGGUACAUUUUUCUCUUUCUUACUCGACGUAUGACUGCCGAGAGCAAGAAGGUAGGGACAGUAUAACUUAGCAGCAAAUCUAGACUCGUGUAUCUUCGGUGGGUUUCGUUGAAUAUCAGCUUCUAAACGAACAGUAGUCGUCUGAAUUGGUCUGCCUAGUAGCCUCGACGCAACGAAUACACUUGCGGCAGUCACCGCCGGUACCUCGGCGCGGAGAGAACUUAUAAAACAUGUCUCUCAAUAUCGCGCCUUCGUCGCCGCAUAUAUUGUAAACAAAUCAUUGUCAAUUGAAAUAAACACGUAUCUUGUUCAAUGAAAAUGAUGCUCAUAAAGAUCAAUGAUGAAUAUGUAAUUGACAACAAAUCUAUACGACCGGCCACAGUGAAUUGUAGAAGUUGGAAGUGAGAUUCGAACGAAUUCUAGUAUGGUGUAGAUGGAAAUUUAGGGUUUAGUGAAAGGAGCUCAGUAUUAUUAAAGUGUUAACAGUGUUGACUAUUUGGAACUGUGUUUGGAACUGAGUUUAAUGUAUUGAGAAUAUUGCAACAUAAAAAGUACUGAACUGGAACUGAGUGCACCUGAGCAUGUAGCUGAGGUUAUUCUCAAUGAACGCUGUUAGCGAAGUAUCCAAGUCAAGGCGUUUUGCAACGUUGAUUGUUCAUGAUCUCAUUACUUUAAACGAAUAGGAUGCCGGCACUCCGGCUACUGGGGCGGAAAUGGCUGGCGGCCUCGGACGACCUCGUAUUCCCCAGCAUCUUUGAACUUCUGUUUCGAUUUGUAUGGUUGGUCCUGAUCGCACUCGUGGUAGAAGUUUUAUAUCCAGUGAUAUGGCAAUGCCGAUCGGAAGGUUGGCUUGGGAAAGCAUUCGUACAGCUAUAUUUAUGUGGCACAUUAGCAUUGCAAGGUGUGCUUUUGCUACUGUUAGCAACUCUGGCGCAACAGUCAGCUAGAGGGACUAUAACUGACAUCGAUGCCAGAAAAUUCGUCUCACCGUUAUUACUUAUCAAAGUAUUAUUGGUGUUGCCAGAAAUAGCCCUCAACUGUAUGGGAAGCAUGUGGAUGUUUUGCGAUGUUAUUGAAUGUACAGUCACUGAUAGAUUUUCUAGCAUAGUUAUACAAAGUAUAGUGCUAUUCAAUUGGGUGCAAUUAGCCCUUACAGUAUUUGGACUAUUCAUGGUGUUCGACCCAUUAGGGUCAGUAAACUAUGGAGAUAUGCAAGACACUCCUAACCAAGUUCGACACCACAAGAAAGUCACAGGAUUGUGGUCUAGAAGAUUUCGGUGGGCGUUCUGUUGGUUGAAGAGAGAUGAGCACGGAAAAGAAGCUUUUCAGCAGGUCGCUGCUCUACUCAGCGCUCUCUUCAGAUCAACAGAUCUUGUUCCAUCAGAUGUGGUUGCUGGCUGCGUACUUCUGAGAGUUAGACAAAAGAGGGAAACUAGAGAAAUGCGUCGAAUCCAAAUGUUAAAUGAUGAAGAGCCUAUUUAUACGACAGACGUUAAUAAAAUUUUCUCAGAAACUCCACCUUGGAUGAACUUGGAGGACGCUUUACAUUAUUUAAGGUUAUCGAUAGCGGCUUAUGGAUGGCCUUACGUGCUUUAUCGACACUGUUUCACUGGUUUCUGUAAGCUGGCACGUCAUCUAACUUGUUGCUGUUGCCGGCCAAAGAAUUCAAUAGUGACUGACGACAACUGCUGUAUGUGUAAUUUUGCCGGCGUCAAAUACAUGUCCAAGUUGGAUGCUGAUGACAUCAUCUUUGCUUCUUUUAACAAUCGGGUCUUCGAACUACCCUUCUGCGUGAUUGCGGAUCACGAACGUGAAAGUAUCGUGGUAGCGGUCCGAGGGUCCAUCUCACUAAGAGACAUCUUUACGGAUUUCACCGCUGGCUCUGAGAAGUUUGAAGCUGAUGGACUUCCUGAAGAUACUGCAGCGCACAAGGGUAUGGCGAUGGGUGCAGCCAAAAUGUUGAAACGGCUACUACCAGUACUAGAACGUGCUUUCCAGCAGUUCUCACAUUACGACCUUAUACUGACAGGUCAUAGUCUCGGUGCUGGAGUGGCAGUAUUGGUAGCGCUGAAAUUAAGACCGCGAUAUCCACACCUCAAAGUGUUUGCCUUUUCAACGCCAGCGGGCUUGAUAAGUCGAGAAGCAGCAAGGUUCACUGAAAGCUUUGUGCUUACGGUUGGAGUUGGUGACGAUCUGGUGAUGCGACUUAGUGUACACAGUAUUGAGAAUUUACGUACAAAAGUCAUACAAACGAUACACGCUACUAAAUUGCCAAAAUACCGGAUAAUGCUUAAUGGCUUCGGAUAUGCCUUAUUUGGCGUACCUGCUCGUGAUCUCGAGUCCACCUGGAGAAGGCCAGAAGAUCUUGAAGCUAACCACUCCGAUGAUUCAACAGAUGCCCUCCUCGUGCAGAGCGUCUCCACCGUGAGUGCUGAGGCAGCGCUAGUAUCGCGUAACGUGUUUGCGCGGCGGUUUUCAUCUGCGCGCCUGUUUACGGCCGGCCGCAUCCUACAUAUUGUACGGCGUAAGCGGAUGGGCAUUGAAAAUAAUGAAGCGGACGAAGAAAGAAAAGUACGUACACAUGAGCCAACGUACGAGAUGCGAUGGGCAUGCCCUGAGGAUUUCAUGGAGUUGCAGGUCAUGCCACGAAUGCUGUUGGAUCAUCUACCAGAAAAUGUUCAUCGCACUAUACAAACAGUCAUAGAGGAGAGGCAUACAUACAGAGCCACUCAUAUUGUUUAAAAAAAAAGUGGAACACUGGAAUAGAAAAAACAAUUAAAUAUCUGGAGACCAUAGAGCAAUUUGACAAAGAGGCAAAUUUAUAUAAACUACGAUUCAUAAAAAAUAGGUACUUCGAUUACCUAAGGAAAUCAUCUAGAUCUUGAACAAAUAAAUAAAAUUGGACUUAAUAUAAUUGACAAAAAGUUCCAUUUAAUUUUAAUAGGCAGUUUGUAAAAAAUUACGAAACGCAGGAAACAUUCCUAGUGUUACUAAGAACUACAAAGAAUUUUCCCUUAAAAAAAAAACAAUAAAUAACCACUAGGUUAUUUAUUGUUUUUUUAUUUAGCCAUUGAAGCUUUAACUCUAAAGAAAAAUGACAAAAGUUUUCGUUGUAGCCUUCUUUAAACAAACUGACACAAUUGACAUUAAUAUAUUUUUGUAAAUGAAAUUAAGUCCAUUUUUAUUUUUAAGGUCGGGAAAUAUUUCGUGAGAGACUACCUAAAACAUAACUGCUCUAUGGAUAUAGCAUUUAUUUUUUGUUAGUUUUUAUGCGUAGAUUCUAAUAUAGUAGUUGCUCUGGUGACUGUUAUUUAGGUAGUAAGGUAAAAAUACCUAUUGGUAUUAUUUUUUAACUUUUGGACAAAUGUUUUUUUAAGUUUGUGAUAAUUAAACUAAUUAUUUCUAUCCUUUUAUGAAAAGGUGUGUAAUCAUGUCGUUACUUGCAUUAAUAUGUAUGCCAUUAGGUAAAUCUUUUGACUCAUAGGGUUUGCAUAUUAUUGUACGUAAAUGUACAAAAAGUGGGUCCACUUUAAUCCCCGUUCAAAUGUUCAAGUCUCUUUCAUGACAUACCUACAAUUUGUUCCUAUCUUACCUAUUUUGGUUACCUGACGCUAAAUAAUGUAAACUGUUUUUACGAAACUUUUGUACAUAGUUUAUAUUUCAGAAUUUUGUUAAAUGUCUUUAUAGCAAUUUUGUAUUGACAAAUCAGUCUCAAGUUAUUUUUAAGGGAAUUAUAAUUAUAAUGUAAGAAGACUGUGAUGAUGUUUAGUAUGAAUAUUUUGUUAAAUAUAGUUGAACUGACAAUUUAUUAUAGUUGGAGUAUGAAUCUGUAUACAAAGUUGGUUAAAAGGGUGUUUUAAUAUGUAAAUAAUGUCUAUUAUUAGAGUGAGCACGAGUCACAAAUAAGCUAUGGGCUGUUUUUCCUUGUCCUACUUAUACCUAGUACAUAUCAAUCAACAUCUGUCAUUAAUUUGUUUUCUUUAAUUUUUUAUUACAAAAAAUUCCUAUAAAUAUUUUCUUCUUGCAAUUAAAUAUUCUACAAUAAUUGUCUUUAUUUGCACUUUAGAGGGCAUAAUCUGUAGUUCCUGUCUGCUCAAUUUAAAAGCAAUCAUUUCUUUAGAAUAAAUAAACUCAUUUUAUAGUACUCUAAGUUUAAAUCUUGCAAGUUAACAUUGAGUACAAUAAUUAGUAUAGCUUACAACGUUAUCGAAGUCAAUUACAAAGUAACUACGUGACGUUUCUAUUUGAUAAGUUCAUUACUACUUAUAAAUUUACUGACGUUACCACUUUCUGCUAUCUCACAUGUAACAGGCAUUCAAGAAUUAAUUGUAAUAUAUACAUAUAUUUAUCUUAUAAAUGUUAUUGACCUAAAUACUGAAUAAGUAUCUAUAUAGGCGCAGUAUAUGUAUACUGUAACACAACCUCACAGAACAAAUUUAU